UUAGCAGCGCUGUCUAUAGCUUGUCAAAGUUUUCACUCGUUUUUCGUUGCUCAGUUGUUUUUUAAAUGUGGAAACCGAUAAUUUUGGACGUCGAGUGCAUCGUUUGCAACAAAUCGUUGCAAAAGAUCAACCACGUUCCUUGUGACGCUUCGCGGAAAAUGGGCAAGAUUAUUAAACUUAACAACAAUCGCCGGUUGAGGACACCUAACUGGUCGCUUGAAGAAAAACAGUACCUACUAGAGUUAAUUAAACAACGUAAAGAAGUAGUAGUUACUAAAACAAAUAAUGGCCCCAAUCAUUACGAAGAAAAGGACGUCGCAUGGAACGAGAUUUUACGAGAGCUUUCGGUAAAAUUUGGCUGCAAAUUUACCGGAAGCUCAAUCAAGAAAGUUAAGACGCAAUGGCAAAACAUGAAAAGAAUAGCUCGUGAAGAAAUAGCUUUAAAUGGCCCCCAGAUACAUAAUUACUCGCGGCUGUCUUUAGAAGUGUGUAAUAUUUUAGAAUUAGUUAAAGAUGGUGUUGUAAAAGGCGAAAGUGAAAACUUAAAUGAAUCUAUUACUGCUAAUAUAGAAAUUAAAACCGAGUGCAUUGAUGAGGAAAUAGACAAUCCCAGUUGUAGCGGUAUUAACACUACAUUACCCUCUGUGGAUACAGAUUCUCGACGUGAUAAGACGAAUACUACAAGUCAGAUGGAGUCAUCGGCAUCAUCAGUUUCUGAUCAAAUCUCUGAAAACAAUGAUUUUGAUACACCAGAAGAAAACGCUUCUUCAAAAAAUAAAAGACACGUUUCAGCUCUGACUGACAAACCGUACGAAGAGAUAAAUAAGAUAAUAAAUCCUUUUCAUAGGGAAUUACAAGAGUAUUUUAAGUACACUGCAGCAGAAAAGCAAAUGAAAAUGGAAACAUUAAAAGAAGAACGGCAAGUUGUUAGGGCAAUGAGAGAAACAGCUGAGCUCAAUAAAAUCAUUGCAGAGCAGAAAUUAAAACACGUGUUAUGGGCAAAACAGCAGGAGAUGUCAAUGACCACAUGUGGUGACCCUGGUGCUGGUGUCGGCAAGGGAGGCGGUGGCGGUGGGUCCAUCCGCGAGGCUGGAGGCGCCUUCGGCAAAAUGGAGGCUGCUAGAGAGGAACAGUACUUCUAUGAAAAGCAAAAGGAGCAGCUCCAGCAACUGAAGAACCAGUUGUCCAAUGAGAUAUCUUUCCACGAGAAACAGAUCCAACAUCACCAGGAGGCUAUCAAACGUCACCAAGAAAAGAUGGACAGCAUGGAAAAAAAAUAAAAAUAGGCAAUAUAACUCAAGAAUAAAUAUUGUACUUCAAACAGUGUAACUGGCCAAUGGAACAAUAAUUAGUUGCUAAUUAAGUUUUAGGCAUGUCAACAAUUUGCUUUUAUUUUAUUUAGAUUAAAUUAGUUCUGCACUUCUGCUAAUAUAUUUUCCGAAAGCAUUAUAA